AUGACGACUUUGGUUCCGAAUGCUAGAGGGCCUAAGCUGUUCCCAUUUGACGGAGAUGUAACAAAUGCGCAAUUCAUCAGAAUAUUAAAUGCGGACGAAGGGAAUGAGGGACAUAGUCGCGUAUUUCAAGUACUUUUGAAUAAGAAGAGAUAUGCUGUCAAAAUUUUCAAGUUUUUCAAACUUGAUGACAUUCGCCCGGACUUCUUUAUGGAAGAGCACGUUAUAAGUGAUAAUGUGAUAAGGCAUCAUUUAGAUCCUUUUUUCGCUGAGUGUCGGGCCUUCGGACUUCUGGUCAAAGAGGGCAAGGAUGACAAACUUGCCGUUCGUUGUCACGGGUACUUAUAUCUACCAGGGUCUGUGGAGCAGCGAAUUGAGCAACAAUUUGGCAUCUAUGACUGGAAUCGGACGCAGGAAGACAACAACAAACCUCUGCGGGCAAUUGUGAAGGAUUAUAUCCGCUAUAAAUCCUUUGACAAACCAUCAAACUUCGCCAUCAUGAGGGACAAAGUGGAAAAGCUGAACAAUAUGGGCAUAUACAAUAUGGAUGUUCGCAAGGAAAACUACCUUGCUGGUCGUCUAUUCGAUUUCAGCGUUGCCAUCACUAUUCCCCACCUGAGCUUUUCGAUGGAUUUUCGCACUCAAGCACAGAUCUUGGAGGACAGUCAAUAUGAUCUCAUCUGCUUCAAUGCCAUGACGAAAAGGGCGAUUGAGCAAGAUGAUUCAAAGAAAAAGGGCCGUUGGAUGAACUUAAGGUCUCUUUCAAAGAAGGAGGAUUCGAGACAAGAAAGCAAUCAGGCUAAAUCAGAACCCCUCUCGAAAAACAUCCGGUCUCGCUCGAGGAAGAGCAAUUCCAAGAAGUGA